AUGUCGGCGGCCAUGGCCAAGAUCGCCGAGCUCGAGGCCGAGUACGCGCGCACGCAGAAGAACAAGGCGACGAUGAAGCACCUGUGUCUGCUCAAGGCCAAGAUCGCCAAGCUCCGACGCGAAGUGACGGACGCCGGGGCCAAAGCGAGCGCUGGCGGCGGCGCCGGCGAAGGGUUUGAUGUCAAUAAAGCGGGGGACACGCGCGUCGGGCUCGUGGGCUUCCCUUCCGUCGGGAAGUCCACGCUCUUGACGAAGCUCACUGGAACGUUCUCGGAAGCUGCUUCCUACGAGUUCACGACGCUGACGGCGAUCCCUGGGACGCUCCACUAUCGAGGCGCUCGGAUCCAAGUGCUGGACUUGCCGGGGAUCAUUGAAGGCGCUAAAGACGGCAAAGGACGCGGGCGACAGGUCAUUGGCACGGCCAGGACGUGCAACGUCAUCCUCAUUGUGCUGGACGCGAUGAAGCCCGCGACGCACAAGCAGCUGAUCGAGUUUGAGCUCGAGGGAUUCGGCAUCCGGUUGAACAAGAGACCAGCUAACAUGGUGCUCCGACGCAAGGAACGAGGCGGCAUUCACUUUCAAACGACGUGUCCUCAGACGGAACUGGACGCGGACACGGUGUACCAGAUCUUGCACGAGUACAAGAUCCAUAAUGCAGACGUGACACUGCGUGCCGAUGUGACGGUGGACGAAUUCAUUGAUCAGAUUGAAGGCAAUCGCGUCUAUAUCCCGUGUCUCUACGUGCUCAAUAAGAUUGACCAACUCACGAUCGAAGAGCUCACGAUCAUUGACCAGAUCCCGCACAACGUUGUGAUCUCGGCGCACCAUGGCUGGAAUCUCGAUGAGCUGCUCGAGACGAUCUGGGACUACUGUAACAUGAUCCGCAUCUAUACGAAGCCGAGAGGCAGACUACCAGACUAUACGGCGCCCGUGAUUCUGCACGAAGAGGCGCCGACAGUCGAGAACUUUUGCCAGCGGAUUCACAAGUCGCUGCUGAAGGAUUUCAAGUACGCUUGGGUCUGGGGCGCGUCGUGUAAGCACCAGCCGCAGAAGGUCGGCAAGGAACAUUUGCUACAAGACGAAGAUAUUGUGCAGAUUGUCAAGAAAGUGUAA